AUGCCAUCCCCUAGCGAUAUCCUCUCCGACCCGGACAUCAGCAAGGCUUACGAGGAUGUGAGGAGCGACAAAUCCGAGACUACGUGGCUUGUCCUCAAGUAUGAAUCUGCCACAAAGGACAACUUAAAGCUAGCCAGUAGCGGUACCGGCGACAUUGCAGAGAUGGUUGAGACCUUUGGGGACGACGAGGCAGCGUACGGCUACGUGCGCAUGAAGCUGGGCAACGACGAGUAUUCGGAACGUGUUAAAUUUGCGUUCGUUGUCUGGGCGGGCCCUAAUACUAAGAUUAUGCGGAAGGCCAAGAUGAGCUUCCAGAGCGGGCAAGUCAAGCAAGUCAUCCGAACAUACGCGGUGGAGAUCCAAACAAGCGACAAGAGAGAGCUGGAGGCAGACGCAGUCACCAUGAAGCUGCGAAAGGCCAUGGGUGCUAAUUACGAUCGACAAGGCUCGAGCUACUAA